AUGUCCAAAUCACUACAGCUCAAGGAAGAAGGCAACCGCCACUUCCAAGCCGGCGACUACAUCGGCGCCGACAGCCUCUACUCCAAAGCCAUCAUCGCCGACCCCAAGAACCCAGCCCUCUACACCAACCGCGCCAUGGCCCGCCUCAAGCUCAACCACUGGGACUCCGUCAUCGCCGACUGCGAGACCUGCCUGUCCCUCUCCCCCAACAACAUGAAGGCCCACUACUACCUGGCCCAGGCCCAGCUCUCCCUGCGCGACUACGACGCCGCCCUGAGCAACGCCCUCGAGGCGCACCGCCUCUGCGCCGCCAACAACGACAAGUCCCUCGCGGCCGUCACCAGCAUCGUCCUCAGGUGCAAGAAGGAGCGCUGGGCGGACCGCGAGAAGAAGAGGCUCAGGGAGGAGCGCGAGCUCGAGGACAGGAUGAUGGACCUGCUGCGCAAGGACAGGGAUGAGAUGCUCGCGGCUGUUGCGCCAGACGACGAGGCGGAGAAGAAGGCCGUUGAGGAAGAGGCCGAGCAGAGGAUGACUGUCCUGCGCAACGUCUUUGAGGCGGCGCGCGAACAGAAUCAGAAUAAGCGCGAAGUGCCUGAAUGGGCCAUUGAUGAUAUCAGCUUCAACGUCAUGGUCGACCCUGUCAUUACAAAAACAGGCAAAUCCUACGAACGCGCCUCCAUCAUGGAACACCUCCGCCGCCACCCCUCCGACCCCCUCACCCGCGAUCCCCUCACGCCCGCCGACCUGCGCCCCAACCUCGCCCUACGGCAGGCCUGCGAGGAGUUUCUCGAGAAGAACGGCUGGGCGGCCGAUUGGUAG